UGUGUGUGUGUGUGUGUUGGCACCAGAGUCUCCUCCCUCUACCUGCUUUAGCAGCCAGCCUGGGGUCAGAGGACUGAAAACAAACAAAAAGGGAGGAGCUGGUCCGGUCCACAGUUCGAGGUCCAGGCCACAAACUGGGGCCUACCUGGGGCCAAAGGAGAAUCAUUUAGAAGCUUCUGGCUGCUUUGCUGAAACAAAAAGCAUUCUUCUGUCCUUGGACUCACCCCACUAUUAUGCAUGUACACGACGGGACCUGUGGCUUCCAUCAUGGCCUGUGCACAUGCGGCUGUCUGGGUGGAAAAUUCUCAAGAGCUGUGCCAGAGAGAAAAUACCUCAUCUUCCCUUGAGAGAGAGAGAGAGAGAACAACAGGACGGAAGUACCCAUUGCCCCCCUCCAGCUUGUUUUCUCCAUCAGAGACCAGCUGUUGCAUUUAUUUUGCUCCUUAACCGAUCAGGAGUCCACCUUCCCUUAACCCAGUCGCCUCAAUAUAAGGAGAUGGCUGAGGGACGAGGGGCGGGGCAGGAACCCACAAAAAUCCGGGAACUUCUAUUCAAACUGGGUGGACGACAGCGGAGAGUACACUAAAGAACACAGGAACUUCCGGUUACUCCGGAAGUGGAAGUUUCACACGCUCCUAAGCUCCUCCCCCGGCGGCGAGCCAGGGUGAAGGCAUGGCCGGCCGGGCGGCGCGGCUGGUGCUGCUAGCUGGGGUAGCUGCAGUAGCAAGCGGCUCCCAGGGCGACCGUGAGCCGGUGUACCGCGACUGCGUACUCCAGUGCGAAGAGCGGAACUGCUCGGGGGGCGCUCUGAAGCACUUCCGCUCCCGCCAGCCAAUCUACAUGAGUCUAGCAGGCUGGACCUGUCCGGACGACUGUAAGUAUGAGUGCAUGUGGGUCACCGUUGGCCUCUACCUCCAGGAAGGUCACAAAGUGCCUCAGUUCCAUGGCAAGUGGCCCUUCUCCCGGUUCCUGUUCUUUCAAGAGCCGGCUUCUGCUGUGGCCUCUUUUCUCAAUGGCCUGGCCAGUCUGGUGAUGCUCUGCCGCUACCGUACCUCCGUGCCAGCCUCCUCCCCCAUGUACCACACCUGCGUGGCCUUCGCCUGGGUGUCCCUCAACGCUUGGUUCUGGUCCACUGUCUUCCACACCAGGGACACCGACCUCACAGAGAAAAUGGACUACUUCUGUGCCUCCACCGUCAUCCUACACUCAGUGUAUCUGUGCUGUGUCAGGACCGUGGGGCUGCAGCGGCCGGCUGUGGCCAGUGCCUUCCGGGCCCUCCUGCUGCUAAUGCUGACCGCGCACGUCUCCUACCUGAGCCUCAUCCGCUUCGACUAUGGCUACAACCUGGCAGCCAACGUGGCUACUGGCCUGGUGAACAUGGUGUGGUGGCUGGCCUGGUGCCUGCGGAACCGGCGACGGCUGCCUCACGUGCGCAAGUGCGUGGCAGUGGUCUUGCUGCUGCAGGGGCUGUCCCUGCUCGAGCUGCUCGACUUCCCACCUCUCUUCUGGGUCCUGGAUGCCCACGCCAUCUGGCACAUCAGCACCAUCCCUGUCCACGUCCUCUUUUUCAGCUUUCUGGAAGAUGACAGCCUGUACCUGCUGAAGGAAUCAGAGGCCAAGUUCAAGCUGGACUGAGGACUCUGGGAGCGGGAUCCUGCCCCCUCCCUGAUGGUUCCCUCUUCUCCCCUCAACCCUCUCCAUGAAUUCUUUUCUCCUUUUAGCUUCUUGAACUUGGACAUGAGGGAUGUGGGCCCAGAAUCAUGUGGCCAGCCCACCCCCUUGCCAGCCCUCGCAGGUCUUAGAGCCUGUUCU